AUGUCUACCAGCACAAACGGAGAUACAGGGUUAUGCGUCGAGCUAAUCGACCAGCCCGAUGAUAUCGACCAUGCUUUUGAUUCCAUAUCGAAGGCAUUUGGUCACCAGGCGCAAGAUGGUCUGUGGAUCGCCAUGAACCCUAACUGGGACACGUCAGAGGGUAAAAAGGCCGGUGCUGCUCGCAUGAUAUCUCGAUGGCGUGCAAGGACUAAGGACAUGAAUGGAAAUCCAAAUCUCAUGUUUUUGAAGGCCACGAUGCCAAGUUCUAAGCAAGGGUGCCGUGUCAUUGCCGGUUUCGCUAUCUGGGUACAGGCCUCGGCGGUAGAAGGUUAUGGGGACCCACCUGUGGAGAAUCUCAAAGAAUCUAUGGACGUCGAGGCCCUAUUUCCCAAAAACGAGCCAGAACAACGCUAUGUUUGUCAGGCCAUCGGAUCUUUGCACAGGCGCCGAAACCAGGUGAUCAAGGAGAAGGCUACCGAGGCGAGACCAGCAGUAUUUAUUUUGGACAUGUGUGCCGUCGACCCAGAUUUCCAACGAAAAGGGAUCGCAAAGGCACUGACGCAAUGGGGUCUCGAUGAAGCCAAGCUACGCGGCAUUCCGGAGUGCAUCACCGAGGCAUCUGCGAUGGGACGACAUGUCUAUGCGAAGAUGGGGUUCAAACCGGAAGGAUCUGAGAUCCAAUACACCGUCGAUGCAGAAUUCACGGAUCGUGAAAGGCCGCUCAAUCUGUUCAUGCGCACAGGGAAGACAGCAUAA